AUGGUCGCCAAGCAGCGGAUCCGUAUGGCCAACGAGAAGCACAGCAAGAACAUCACGCAGCGCGGCAACGUCGCCAAGACCUCGAGAAAUGCUCCUGAAGAGAAGGCGUCUGUAGGACCCUGGUUAUUGGCUCUCUUCAUUUUUGUUGUUUGUGGUUCUGCAAUUUUCCAGAUUAUUCAAAGUAUCAGGAUGGGCAUGUGA